CAUGGAAAAUGUUCAACAGCCUCCUCUCCAAUCGAUACAAUAAGAAACGCGAACUGUUCUAUGCACAAUACGAGGCGACACGUCAGCGCUAUGCCAAUCUGCCUCUCUAUCAGCGUCCAGAGGAGCCUUCGGGCAGCAAAUCGCUCAGAUGUGCGCGCAAGAGGAGAAAACCCGCAGACUACGAUUACGAUGAGUGGAUAGCUGGACACUCGGUGUCGAUUGUGGUACGUCGCGCCAUUGAAAACUGGAGCUGCUGCCAAUUAAUGGAGCGUGUGGGCAGUCUGAGCAGCGACGGCUGCAGCUGGCGCAGCUGGCCAACGGAGGCGGAUGAAGCUCUAGCUGAGCCGAGACGUUCGCUGCGUCUGGCGGAUAAGCCAAACUUAAGCCUUAAGCAAAUGAGCCAGCCAAGUUUGAAGGACACAAUUGGCUCAAUCAACUGGCAACAGCAGCGCGAGGACUCGCCAAGCUUGGCCGAGCAGCAGGCGCCGCUGACUUUUGUCGAUGGUUGCAGUCACCAGCUGGAGUGCAGCAUGUGCUGCAAGCAUUGCGACUUGCAACGGCAUUCGCUCGACGAUUGCCGCAAAUAUUUGCUUGCCACGCUGCCCAAAUCGAAGUUGGGCUGA